AUGAACAAUCCAGCUUUCGACAGACCUCCACCCACAGGCAUCUACUACGGCGCUCCUAAGCCGCCAAGUUUGUGUGUGUCUAACUUUCCAGACGGGAUGACUGAAAGUGACCUCUAUCCAUUUUUCCCCACUGCCACCCAUAUCUCAUGCCAGGCUAAUGGUUCUUCAACUUCUUGUUUGAUACAAUUUCGAUCGGACGCUGAUUGCCAAGCUGCUUUCACCGAAUGUCAGAACGGCAAACUCGUUGGCGGCCGCCCCGUGCAGGCUCGGAUCGCCCCCACUGGUGGGCCAGAGAGUAAUUCUGGCGGCUAUCCACGUGCCGGUGGUUACCCUGCCAGUAAUGCCCCAAGAAGGGGAGGCAGUGACUACUAUGGCAAUGGCGGUUCCAGCGCUCCUAGAGAUUACGGCAGUAACUAUUUCCCCCAAGAUUCCAAUUGCAUUCUGACGCUGCACAACUUGGCUUGGUCGGUCACCGAAGAUGAUCUCGUGCGGGAAUUCCCUCGCGCCAUUAAUGCCUCCGUGAAGUUGGAUGAACACAACAGAUCACGUGGUUGGGGAACUGUUACAUUCGCGAACACCAACGACUGCCGCAAUGCCGAGGCCGACUGCGCUAACAAGUCGAUAAAUGGAAGACCUGUUCGUGCUGAAAUUGGCUACGCCUCGGACAGAUAUCGUGAUGAUGGCUACAGAGGAGGACGUGGGUCGGGCGGCGGCAGGUUCUAUGGCGACCGUGGUAACGGAGGCGGUGGUAGACGUGGGGGUUACGGCAACGAUGGUGGCGGCAUGCACCAACGUCGGCGUUUUGAUGAUACCGAUGGUGGAGGGGAACGCAGGUCAUGGGGUGGUGGCGGAGGACCACGUCGAGGCGGCGGCGGGGGUCCCGGUGGUGCAGGUGGUGGAAGAGGUGGCUUCGACCGAGAUCGACGUGACCGCAGUCCUGGACGUCGCAAGUCAGGUGGUCCUGGAGCUCGCAUCACAUCUGCCGUUAUUCGCCGCGCCCCUGGUGACUCGUCCGACUCAGAUUUCGACAAUCGACGCUAA